UUGUUAGGCGGCCCACUACAAUCAAAUAAAAUCCAUCAACGCUUUUCAGUAGGUUUUAUUUUCGACCUUGACUUCUGCCAACAUGGCUGCCACACGAGUCGUCUGCUAUAUUUUGUUGAUUACCUUAGUGGCUGUUUCGGAAGGUACAGAAUGUCGACACGAUACUUAUGUCGAAUUAUCAGCCAACUCAAAAUCCAAGUUUAUAUACUCACCAAACUACCCGGAACCCUACCCAGCACAUGCUAUGUGCAAAUGGAGAAUCCGAAUUGAAUCUCAGUCAAGGAGUAAAAUAAUACAUGUGAGAACCGUGGAUAUGGAGGUCCCUACUAAGAAAGAUAAUUGUUCUGAUACCUACCUCAAGGCAUAUGAUGGACAAUAUAAUACAGCUCCAUUGAUAAAACAAUGGUGUGAUGACUCGACCAUAGUAUCAUCAGGGGCUUACGUUAUUAUAGAAUUCCAUGCCAGUCAUUUGUCUGGUAAAGGCUUUGCCCUGUCCUUCCACGAGAUAAAUACUUUUUCCCACAAAUGUAAGGCGGGAGGUAUUCAGAAGAUUGACUUAACCCAAACACCAUUGGUUAUUUCAUUCCCGGAUGAGGACGCGUUUAAAAAUGGGAAUGGAGAUUGUGAAUGGUUAUUUACUGCAAAUAAAAUGGACAGUAAAAUUAUAGUAGAAUUAGAUGAAUGGAUCUUAGACCCCAGUUCAGAUUUCUGUAAUAAUAGUCAUAUUCAAUUCUUCGAUGGAGAUAAUUCCAAUAGUAGUUUAGAGAUUUUAAAAUAUUGUCAUCUCGAUCGCCCAUUCCAUACACUAACAACCUCCACGGGUUAUUUAUUGGUACGAUUACAUGGUAACUGGCAAAAUACAGCAACCAAACUACCUAUUAUAACUCUUAAACUACAUUCUGUUAAAGUUAAUAAUCCAAUGAUUGACUGCCAUUCCAAUUUACAAACAUCAAUAAUAGAUUCUACACCAUCUUUAAUAGUAUAUCCUCCUGGUAAAUUACAAUCUGAAGAAGAACCAUGUCCUUUACAGCUAUGGUCUGAUAAUAAAGAAGAAACUGUUAGAGUUGAUGUUGUUAAUAAUAUAGAUGAUAAUAUAACUUGUCGACAUUAUUUAUAUGUUUAUAAUAGUACAGAGACAGAAAAUGUUAUACCAUAUAGAUGUAUUAAUGAUAAACCAUCGUAUUUUAAUCCUGGUCAUAUUAAAAUACUUAAACCAUAUAAUACAGAUAAUAUAACAGAAAAAGUUGUAUUGAGAGCUUACACAGUUGCCCCACCAUGUGAUGGUAGUGUGUUGGAACAAUGGGCUCAUAAUGGUGAUAAAAAAACAUUGAAAUUAGCCGGCAGUAAAGAUGCUUAUGAUAAUAACGGAUAUUGUAAAUAUCUAUUGAAAGCUGAAGAUGAAGAUGGUAAAAUCAAAUUAUUUGUAUCAGGUUCGCUGUUUGAAUGGAGUCAUGGUGAUGAUAAUUGUGAAAAUGAUUUUAUAGCUUUAUAUGACGGUAAUGAUGAAGAUGCUCCAAUGAUAAGUAAAUGGUGUGGUGGUAGUGUACCAGAUGGUUUUCAUAGUACUGGUAAAAAUAUGUUAGUUAUAUUUAGAUCUAAUCAACAUGGUCGACAACAUCAACAUCAAUAUAAUAUACAAUAUUUAGCAUAUAAAGAAAUGUGUAGCAAGUAUGAUAUACCAUUAAACGCCUCAUCAUCACCACAAAACUUGACGUCACCAGGAUAUCCAGAUUAUUACCCACCAGAUUCAGUGUGUAAUUGGUCUAUAAGACCCUCAUCUAAUGAACAUCAUAUUGUUUUAAAAGUCAUCAAUACUAGAUUAGGUCCUCAUUGUAAUUCCAUGCUUAGUACAUAUGAAUAUAAUGAAAUUCCCAACUCUGAUGCCACAGAGUUAAUUGGUAGAGCCUGUGACAGUGAAACACCAACGUUUAUUAGUAGCCGAGGACCUAUGAAGGUUCAGUUUAGAUCCAAUAAGUUUUGGAAUGUUGGUGGUUUCUUAGCUGAAUAUUGGGAAGAACCUAUGCCAACACCAGCAGCUUCUGUUGUGCACAGCAGCAGUAAUAUACUCAAAUCGUGCUAUACACAUUACUUUAUUAUUAUUAUCUGUGUGAUCUUAUAUCAUCGGUGAAGUAAGGUUUUAUUCAUCUAAUAACUAUCUUUACAUUUCUACUUAUAAUCAUCAACAAUCUACUAUCGGGAAACUUAGUCUUAUCUCACUCACAGAAAAACAACAGUGUUGAUGUCAUCGACGUAAUGUACUGUUAUCGUCAAAAAAACUGAUCACAAAUCAAAUGCAGUAAUGACAUCAUAUAUGCAUUGGUUUAAAUUUCGAUGUUUAACCUUUCAAAAACACCGGGUGCCAUUUUCCCCCAUGCACGGAUUUGUUAGCAGGUGACUCGGCCACAUGCUAUCGUUACCCUAUUUGACCAAAUUCGAUAGUCGGAUUUUGUAUCUGGAAUUCUAGUGCUUUAUAUUGAUUUAGAACACGGGUGUGUGUGUCGUUACCAAUAUGGAGAUUAUCUGGAUGUUAGCGAGUAAAUUAAUAGUAUGUUGUCACCAAUAAAGCACUCGAAUACUACCGUAAUGCAAGUGAAUGUUUUGUGUUUACUACUGCUGGGUUAUCUUGUUUUAUAAUUAGAUAAUAUGUCUGACAUUAGCGAGGUACUUUGGUAUUAUAUAGGAGGAAGUGAUUACGAAAUUGAAUUUAAUGUUACUAUGGAAUAUCAAUACUACCCAAACGAAUGGUAUGUUACAGUCGUCCAAAAAGCAGUUACGAAGGUUUUGAUGUUAACGUCAGAAAAAAUGACGCUUUUGAGGUUAUCUUCGGAAAAUCGGCGAUGACGGCUUGCGUGUUAAUGGCAGUAUCAACCUACUGAUGGUGUUAGUGUUAAAUAAUGGUGUAUGAAUAGCGGUGAUAGUAAUUAUAGUAAGGAAGAAAUAGUUCUAGCACAGUGAUCAAAUAAAUAACAUCACACAUUGUUUGAGUGUUUAUUUUAGUGCUAAUCCACCAGAAUGACAGUUACAGGAGGAUAACCUCUUAUUGAAUAUUACAAUCGGAAGAGCAGUGAUGUUUGGUUCUAAAUUAGCACUAUUGAAAUAUGUCGUGACAUUAAAUUUAUGACGAUUCGGUUCAAAUUCCACAACACCUUCGUCAAAUUCUGUAUAAAAUGGUGUUGAACGUCCUCCUUUUUGAACCAACUGGGUUAAUGACGAUGCCCAUACGCUAUGCCAUGUGGGUAAUUUUUGACCGGAAAGCGACGUUUCCACCUCCUCUUCACCGAAUUCAAGCUGUGAAUGCCUCUUAUACGUGUAUAAAUGACCUUGGUAUGUCGUUCCUUGCCAGACCCUACAUCGCCAACAAGUGGAAAACAAACUGAAAACUCUACAGGAACCUUUCGAUAAACAUCGCGAUGAAACCUGGGUCCUACAGGUUAGUGAGUCAGUACCUUGCACGUCAUGACGUUAAGUUAUAAGCCCUGUAUAACAUGUAGCUGUAUUUCACCUGACAUGUUUGAAUUUCUACACAUAGCUUGUUAUUGUACCACAUAUUUUUAACCAGGUGAGUUAAUUAGGUAAGGGUUAUCAUAUGUCUAUGUAGAAAAAAACAAGAUUCCUUAAAAUAUUAGUUCUUAUUUUGCAUACUGAAUAUUUUUUGCUUCCAAUACGACUGUUUGAUGAAGGCUUGCCAGAAUAUUACCUCAUUAAUGUUAUAACAUUUCUUAAAAAGGAAAUUGUUUUAUUAUUUCCUCAUUUAUGUAUUUAUCAAUGUGAAGGGUCAAAAUAUUUUUUUAAUUAGCGGAUAAUUUAUAAGAAAAAUUAAUUUGACUAAUUUUAAUUUUUAAUAGGCACAGUUAUAAGACAGUUGGGGUAAAACACCGUAUUUCCACUAACAUCUCAGAAAUUACAUUAUAAUUUUAUAUUGUAGAGGUUCUUUUAAAAAAGAAAAAAAAAAUCCCAGGCCAUAUUUAAUCAAUCGAUAUAUAUAUGGAACUGACCUCGAUUUAAGAAUGCUGAAAAUACAGUACACUGUACUUUCUUGAAUCAAAGUUAAACCAUUAGGAGUAUAAAAUAUUUAAAGAGUUCAGUAACAACAAUAUUCUACUAGUGCUAUUUGUAACAAAGAUAUUUUCAAGGAAUCAAAAUAAGUAAACCGGAACCUUUGUGCUCUUUUCUUAUCAUUUUCAUUUAUUAUUAUGAAGUUUAUGGUUAUGAAUUACAUGUAUGUUGAAUAUGUUAUGUCUUAGAAUGAUUUCUAUCUAGCUCGAAAUGGGUCAAUGAAUUUUAUAUGUUUGUUUUUUUAUGUAUAAAAGUUGUAUAUAUAUUUAACUGAUAAUGUAUUUAUUUAACUCGUCCUCAAAGGUGCUGAUGUUUUUUUUUCUUCAUAUGAAAAAUUUAAAUACGAUUUAUUUGUUCUAGAAGUUAUUACUGUAUAUAAUAUAAAGAGUGUUAUUCCCUUUUUGUACAUUAUUACUUUAUUAUGUUAUAAUUGUCAGCUUAAAGCCUCGCUAUGCUAAAAUAGAGAUGACAUAAUUAUUAUAGAGAUCAAGAGUACUUUCAUUAGAAAACAUUUUGGUCCAAAAUUUAUUCAAAUUGGUCAAUUAAGCUUUGACCAUUUAAUGUUUAGACUUAAAGGUACAAUAACACUCUUGCUGGCUUGACAGCUCCAAAAAAUAAAAAAUAGCCUUAUUCUAAGUACUAGAUGUGUUAGUGUCCUACCUGUUGUGUAAAUUAUCCAUUAAAUCCUAUUUUACUUGUCCAGAGGGUUCAAAAAUAUUUUUAAAUCCAAGUCACAUUUAAAAAGCUUUACGUCAGGCUUUUCAAAUCAUUUAGUUGAAUUUUUCCAAUUUUUUUUAAAUGUGGUGUGUUAAGAUGAAAUCUGUAUCAUCAAUUAAUUGGAAUAUUGUAAAAUAGUGCAAUUUGUUGACCAGAAUAAAGAUUGGGACAUAUUAUUCAGUUACAACAAGAGUGGUAUUGAGCCUGUAAGUUUACGCUGUUUUCUGUUAAUCUGUAAGCUACAUGUUUGUCUCUUUUACACAAAUAUAGUAAUCACAAUUAUUGUGCUAUCUUUUUUCAGCAAGUCAACUUAUUGUCCAUGAAAUUAUUUUUACAAUCAGGUGCGCUUAAUUACAUAAUAUCAACUGUCUAAAAUAGUGCAUAUUUUUGACUUUUUAAAUAUAUGUGAACCAUCUGUAGACGAACCUAUUUGAUUGGGUAAAUAAAGGUAUUGCAUUUGGUUGACCAGAUGCGUUCUUUACAUCAGUAAUGGAUCAAACUCAAUACGUUUAAACUGUUGUUUUGAAAGAUGUCCGUUUUUUUUAUUAAUUUAUAGACGUAAAAUUUUCAGCGAGGACAGAAUAUCACCCCACAAAAUCAAUACUUUUAGUUUUGAUCAGAAUCCAAGAGGUCUAGUCAUUGGAUAGGAACAUGAGUAUCCGAAAUUGACUAAAUGGAAAGUUCAAAUCUCCACAGAAAGCUCAAUUAUCUGUGCUCGAAAAUUCAUUGCUCAUAAACAUACCCACUCGUAAACAGUUAAAUUAGCAUAUAAUAACCUAUAUUUCACUACUUUCUCGCAAAUAGUUAAAUAAUCUUAGAGUAGUUGCUAUUUCUAUGAGAUAAAAUGAACUGAAAUGGAAACUUUCCUUAUGUUCUAUUUACAUAUAUAUAAUUUUAUUGUGAAUUGUGUUAUUAUCUAUGUUUAUAUGGGUUUAUUUAUUUUUUUUUCAUGCAUUGUAUAUAUUGUUCAAUAUGAAUUCUUUAAAGGCCAAUAUUGCUCCAUUGCAUUUUAUAUUCACCAUAAAUAGAUGGGAAGUUUUAGAUCAUCAAAUUUAAUUGUUUUUUUUAAAAUUGAAACUAAACUUUGGAAAGAUAUAACCGAUUGUAUAUCAGCAUUUAAAAAAUGAAACAUAUCGAGAAUUUGGGUCAUCGAUUGAAAUAAAUGAAUUGCUCAUUAUAAACAGCUAA